GCCGACUUUUCUUUAUUUUCACCCACAACGGACACAAGCUGCGAUCGAAAACUGCUUGUUUCUGAUGUCAGAACAAUCUGUCUCAGGAAGAACUGGGCGGCAAAUUCACUUUUCUGCCCCUUUUCAUAGGGCUGGAUGGCUGCCUCUUUGUGCAACGGUACAUUCUUGCAAAUCUCCAACUCGGAUUCACCAGACCCUGUCUGCCUUAUUGAUACAUUGCUCAGAUUGUGCGGCUCUUUGUACCUGCAGUCAUCUCGCAAUCGAGACCCCGAGUAUUAGACGCGCGGGUGUCUGCUCCAAUUAUGCCGCCAAGCCCAACUCGGAUUACACCGACUCUGCAAGGUCCUGGCGACUGAGAUCAAGUCCGAGACAGGUGAUGCGGAGCAACUUAUCUUUCCACCUUCAAAGGCUGCCCUGUCCAGGGUUGAGAAAGUGACACAGGCAACUAGCAGUCCUUCCUGCUGCUUCACUGGUGCGUUGUCAAGUCGCUGCCGUCGACGUUCGACAAACCCCAACAAGGCAUUAACUUGCUUCAGCCCUGUGUCUCCUCUUCGCCUUCAUCAAUGCUACCUGUCAGACCAACCCCAAUGUCCCGGCAAAUCUGGCAGCGUGACACGACCUUUCGCUUGGUUUCUUGGGGGCCGCCGGUCUCUCAAGGGCCUUGGCGAACGUCUUAUUUGGGCAUAACAAUCUCGCGCUACUACGCGCGCAGACCGACGACGAGCCAACAGCUCUUCAUUAAACCAAUACUAUUGCUGUGUCUGCAGGCCAGGAACAUUCUGGGCCCCUGGCCCCUUGCUGCGCCGCUCCCACGCGGGGCUACAUAGCGGCGUGCAAGCGAACAAGGAUGAAACCAUCAUCAGCCUUGGAGCAGCAUCAGUGCUUUCUCUUAAGAAUAUGGCCCUGUCUCUUGUUGCACCUCCUUGCACUUUUCUCACCGAUCUCCCCAGCAUCUUUCAGCAACUCCAACAUGAGGUUACACACGGCAGUCGCCUGCAUGGGCCUUAUGCAGUUAUCGUGGGCCGCCAAAAAGUGCUACUACCCUAACGGUGUUGAGGCCACGACCGACACGCCAUGUCACCCCGAAGCAGAGGACAGCAUGUGUUGUUUUAAAGGGGGGCUGUAUGGGCGGGCCUGUCUGUCGAACAAGAUGUGCCAGGCUCCGGAUGGGAAGAUUAUCAGGGGGACAUGCACUGAUCGAAACUGGAAUUCGCCAGAGUGCGCCUCUUUUUGCAUGAAUGUCGGCGGCGGGGGAGCAAAUUUGAUAUCAUGCUCCAAUGUCACAGACAAAGACACGUCGUUUUGUUGCGAGAAGACAGAGACGGGGAGGUGCUGCGAUGAUGGAAUAGGGCGAUUCGAGGUUAUGCCGCCGAGGCCGGUCACGUUGGCUCUUUGGGAUUCCAGCGAGGGGGUUUACACGCCUUUGGCUCAGGUUUCGAGUUCGAGUUCCACUUCGACGACAACUAAACCCUCAACGCCGUCCUUCGAACCUAGUCCGACCACAGCGACAAACGCCAGUGGCCCAAAGGAGACUGGAUCGGGCGAUAACGGCUCGCCGGGUGGCUCAACGAGAGAUGGCUCAACAGGGGGCUCAGGCCAAGACCCAGCACCUUCGUCCUCAUCAUCAGGAGGCGGGCUUCCCGUAGCAGCGCAGGUCGGUAUUGGCGUGGGCGCAGCUAGUGUUGUCAUAAUGGUCUCAGUUAUUGCAUGGCUGUUGUGGAAACUCCACAAGACCAAGAGGGCUUUGGUCGAGCCAGUGGCACCUUUUCUCGAUCCGUCACAGCAGCAACCCUCUCCUUAUCUUCAGGAAUGGCACAAGCAGCAGCAGCAGCAACAACAAUACCAGAACGCGACGGAACUGCGAAGUGGGCGGGAUUGGGAUCAGGCACAUCAUGGAGCAGCGACACCUGGGUCAGCGGAACUGGCACAUUACGGCCCGCAGGUGUCUGCUGAGUUGCCGGGGGGGUCGAAUCGAUAUGCUUGAGGCUAAACCGGGGGUAUCAUUUAUUAUCACCUACUUACACGGUUCUUUAACAUUCUUGCACAACCUUACAAUAGACUACCAAAUCUCUUUCACCUCCCACCGCCCUGCCUCUGAGACCAAUAGUCAUGAUGCGACAGCACCACCCACC